AUGGAGGCUAAGAUCAUGGGUUUUGAGCAACUCAAAAUGUCUUAUGAAACUGACCCUGAUUUUUCGGAGAUUUACAGUAACACGGCUAAGGGAGCCAUGGGUCCAUUCUAUCAGCAGGACGGGUUCCUCUUCAAGGAGAAAUGCCUGUGUAUUCCUCAUGGUUCCAUGCGAGACUUACUGACCAGAGAAGCUCAUGGGGGCGGGUUGAUGGGGCAUUUCGGUCGGGACAAAACUCUGAGCGUCCUGUCCGACGACUUCUAUUGGCCCCGGAUGAGGCGCUACAUCGAGAGCCUUUGCGCUAAGUGCACUGUCUGUCUCAAAACCAAAUCCAGGUCGCAUCCUUAUGGUUUACACAUGCCUUUACCUAUUCCUAUUGCACCGCACUCUAUUACUAACCUCUCCCCUUUUGAGAUCGUGUAUGGCUUUAGACCAGAGACACCCAUGGACCUAGCCGCAUUGCCACCAGCCAUGCAAAUGACGGAGAUGUUCUGA